GGUUGUGCGGAUUUAGUCACUGGACCUUGCCAAGAUUGAUCGAGGAGGGAUACCAGGACUACGGCAGUUGCAUCAACUCCUUUUCCGGGAGGGGCUUACAGGUGCGUAUUUAUCAGUGCUGAUUGCUCGCUGUUGAUGCUUUUCUGGGCUGCCUCAACGCUUAUUCCCGAGUCGAGUAACUCUACGAGUCAACCGACCCUGAAAAUGCUAGGCCUCCAGCUCGUUGUGUUCAGCCUAGGCGCUGCCGUUGCCCUGGCCUAUCUGGUGCUCGAAUACCCCCGGCUACGCCAACAAUGGCGAUUAUACAACCGCCGCUCGCAACUCCCACCCGGCCCGCAAACGCUCAAAACCGGCCUCGAAAAACCCUGGCUCUGGUUCCGCGAGCUGCACCAGCAGUAUGGCGACGUGGUGUACCUGCAGAUGGGGCCGACGCCCACCAUCGUGCUGGGCUCGGCGCAGGCGGCCUGGGACCUGCUUGAGAAGCGGGGCGCCAUCUACUCGUCGCGCCCGCGCUUCAUUAUGGGUGGCGAGCUGCUGUCGGGCGGACUUAGGGGCUUGAUGGCGCCCUACGAUGGGUUUUGGCGCCGCUGGCGCAAGCUGCUGCACAGCGGAUUUAUGCAGCGCCAGAGCGAGUCGUACCGCCCCGUGCAGAGUCUCGAGUCGAAAGUGCUUAUGCAUGAUUUGUUGACGGAUCCGGCGCGGUUUCGGACGCAUUUGGAAAGAUAUGCUGCGUCGGUUAUUGUGACGGUUACGUAUGGCCGCAGGGUGCUGGAUGUGCAUAACGAUGUGGUGGUGAGGAUGAAUGCUGAGUCGAUGGAUCGCCUUACUCAGGUCAACAUCCCCGGCAAGUUUGCUGUCGAGCGCUAUCCGGCGCUCAAAUAUGUUCCCAGCAUAUUUGCACCCUGGAAGGCUCAGGUGCUCGAGCAGCGGAGAAAGGACAUUGAAAUGUACACUGGCCUCAUGAACGACGUACGGCAACGGAUGGCCGCUGGUGUGCUGCCAGACUGCUUCGCCAAGCACCUCCUGGACGAGCAGGCCAACCUUGGCAUGUCCGAUCUCGAGAUUGCUUACACGGCCGGGUCUCCUUUUGGUGCCGGAGUAGAAACGUCGGCCGGCUCCCUCGCCAGCUUCCUACUUGCAUGCGUCAAGUUCCCGGACCGCUUCAUUCCAACAGCCCAGGCCGAGUUGGACAGGGUUGUAGGACGGGACCGGCUGCCCACGUUCGCCGACCUGCCCGCGCUCGACUACGUGAGGGCCAUCGUCUCGGAAACGCUCCGCUGGCGGCCCGUGGCGGUGCUGGGCGGUACUCCGCACGCGAGCACGGCAGAUGAUGUGUACAAGGGCAUGUUCAUCCCCAAGGGGAGCACAGUCAUUGCGCCGUUAUGGAGUAUCCAUCUCAACGAGGCCGACUUCCCCGAGCCGCACGAGUUCCGGCCCGAACGCUUCCUCGGCGAGCGCGACUACCCCGGCAACCUCGGCCACAGCGCCUUUGGCUGGGGCCGCCGGAUCUGCCCGGGCAUGCACCUCGGUUCGGCGUCCGUAGCCAUCAAUAUUGCCCGCAUCCUGUGGGCAUUUGAUGUCAAACCUGCGCUGGACAAGGCGGGCAAGCCGGUUGAUGUGGAUAUUUUCGCCUACUCAAACGGCUUCAACUCGGUUCCGUUACCCUUCAAGUGCUCCAUCACACCACGCUCCGAGAAGCACGCCGCCGUGGUGAAGCGGGAGUAUCAGGGGGCUCUUGGGGAGCUGCAGGUCUACACGGCUGCAUCAAAUCAGAUCUCCUAGUGCGUCUAUAUGGACUGCGGCAUCGGUUAGAGUCGGGUAUGAUCAGUGUAGAAUUAUAUCGACCAUGAGGGGUUGGGCUGGGUGGUAUGAGAAUGACUUGUGUACAAACUGACGGGUAUGCGGUUCAGUACCAUUGAGAAUUUGACAUAGAUUAGACCGUACCUAGACUAUUUGAAUGACAAGUGUCAAAUGUCACUUUGUCAGUGCUGCAAGCAUGCCGGACUGUC